AUGACUGUACCAGACGCAAGAAAAGACCUCCUCGUGGUCAAUAUGGGUCCUCACCACCCGUCAAUGCAUGGUGUUCUUCGACUCAUUGUUACUCUAGAUGGCGAAGAUGUUAUCGACUGUGAACCCAUAUUGGGUUAUUUACACAGAGGAAUGGAAAAAAUUGCGGAAAACCGAACAAUUAUACAAUAUCUACCUUAUGUAACACGUUGGGAUUAUUUAGCUACUAUGUUCACGGAGGCAAUAACCGUUAAUGCACCUGAGGAAUUGGGAAAUAUUCAAGUACCUAAAAGAGCCAGCUAUAUUAGGGUAAUUAUGCUGGAGUUGAGUCGUAUAGCUUCGCAUUUGUUAUGGCUUGGACCUUUUAUGGCCGAUAUCGGUGCGCAGACUCCUUUCUUCUAUAUUUUCAGAGAGAGGGAAUUGUUAUAUGAUCUAUUCGAAGCUGCCACAGGUAUGCGAAUGAUGCAUAAUUAUUUCCGUAUCGGGGGGGUAGCUGCUGAUUUACCUCAUGGCUGGAUAGAUAAAUGUUUAGAUUUCUGCGAUUAUUUUUUAACGGGAGUUGUUGAAUAUCAAAAGCUUAUUACGCGCAAUCCCAUCUUUUUGGAACGAGUUGAAGGGGUAGGUUUUAUUGGGGGAGAGGAAGCCAUAAAUUGGGGUUUAUCAGGACCAAUGCUACGAGCUUCCGGAAUCCAAUGGGACCUUCGUAAAGUCGAUCGGUAUGAGUGUUAUGAUGAAUUCGAUUGGGAAGUCCAAUGGCAAAAAGAAGGAGACUCAUUAGCUCGUUAUUUAGUAAGAAUUGGCGAAAUGACGGAAUCCAUCAAAAUUAUUCAACAGGCUCUGGAAGGAAUUCCGGGGGGACCUUAUGAAAAUUUAGAAUUCCGACGCUUUGCUGGAACAAAAGAUUCAGAAUUGAACGACUUUGAAUAUCGAUUCAUUAGUAAAAAGCCUUCUCCCAGUUUUGAAUUGUCAAAACAAGAACUUUAUGUGAGAGUAGAAGCCCCAAAGGGAGAAUUAGGUAUUUUUCUGAUAGGAGAUAAUAGUGUUUUUCCUUGGAGAUGGAAAAUACGUCCACCCGGUUUCAUCAAUUUGCAAAUUCUUCCUCAGCUAGUUAAAAGAAUGAAAUUGGCUGAUAUUAUGACAAUACUAGGUAGUAUAGAUAUCAUUAUGGGAGAAGUUGAUCGUUGA